UUGUUCUUAUUGAUUAAUUUGCCGGCCGUGGUUGUUGGUCGAAUCGACCUGCCUUUACGACUUACGUUCCAAAUAAUUUUGUGAAGUACAUUGGGUUCACAAAAUGUUGUGAGGAAUUCGUUGAAAUACAGUUGGAAUUUGUGUAUUGUUAUAUAAAAAUGGCUGGACAAACUAUCAAUGAUCGACUACUCGCUGCGAAGCACAGUUUAGCAGGGCAAGGUUUGGCAAAAUCUGUGUGUAAAGCAACUACUGAAGAACUGCUUGGACCUAAGAAAAAACAUCUGGAUUAUCUGGUCCAUUGUACAAAUGAACCUAAUGUAUCGAUUCCCCAAAUGGCCAAUUUAUUGAUGGAAAGAUCGCAAAAUACCAGUUGGAUUGUAGUAUUCAAAGCUUUGAUAACCACUCAUCAUCUUAUGUGCUAUGGAAACGAAAGAUUCACUCAAUAUCUAGCCUCCAGUAAUGUGUCAUUUCAAUUAUCUAAUUUUGUGGAUAAAACUGGAGUUCAGAGUGCCGUAGGGGCCCGAACUGGUUAUGAUAUGUCCCCAUUCAUUAGACGAUAUGCUAAAUACUUGAAUGAAAAAGCAUUAUCUUAUAGAGCAGUUGCUUUUGAUUUCUGCAAAGUUAAACGAGGUAAGGAAGAAGGUACUUUACGCUCCAUGAAUUCAGAAAAUCUCCUAAAAACCUUGCCUACUCUUCAGAAUCAGUUAGAUGCUUUGCUGGAAUUCGAUUGCACCCCCAAUGACCUCACAAAUGGUGUAAUAAACAUGUGCUUUAUGUUGUUAUUUAGAGAUCUCAUUAGAUUAUUUGCUUCCUAUAAUGAUGGAAUUAUAAAUUUAUUAGAGAAAUAUUUUGAAAUGAAUAAAAAGCAGUGUAGAGAAGCUUUAGAUCUGUAUAAAAAGUUUCUGAUCAGAAUGGAUAGAGUUGGUGAAUUUUUGAAGGUUGCUGAAAAUAUUGGAAUCGAUAAGGGAGAUAUUCCUGAUCUCACUAGGGCUCCCAAUAGUUUAUUGGAUGCUUUGGAAUCCCAUCUUAGCUCUUUAGAAGGGAACACCCCAACUACUGCAAGUACCCAAAAAAGUCUAAAAUCAGGAGUUUCCGCUUUAUCAAAUACAACUAAUGCUUUUGCAUCUGUUGAUGAUUCAUUCAAACAGGCUGCUGUUGCUGAGGAAGAAGCUGCUCUGAAUCAAUAUAAAGCUAAAGUUGGUUCACCUACAGCUUCCCAAACAAAUCCGUUUUUGAGUGAAGAACCAGCUGUGGUGAAAACUGACCCUAUUUUAGUCCUUUUUGCUCCUGAAACUGUUUCUAGCUCAGCAGCCCCACCACCACAAAGUCAGUCUAAUGCUUUAGAUGACCUUUUAUCCUUAGGUGGUAAUCCUUUUGCUGAUGUAUUCACAUCUGCUCCUUCUAACACCAAUUUGGCAAAUGGAAACAUUUUCAGUAGUUCACCAUCCCAGGUUCCAGUCUCUACUCAAGCCACUGGGACAAACUUGUGGGAUAACGAUUUCAUGGCUCAGUCCCAAACUCCUUUCAUGUCACAAACUCAAUCCACAUUCACUUCUCAAGCACAGCCUAUGGCAUUUACCACUGGCGGUGCAUUUUCUAACGUGUUCAAUCCUGGAGAACCCUCAGUUUUUGAUCCCUUGGGAAAGGCCGAUCAAAGUAUACCUUCUAAAAUUAUACAGCAUCCAGCUGCACCUCCUCAGAGGCCUCCUCAACCAACAAAACUCCUCACAGGUGAUCUUGAAUCCAGUUUAACUUCGUUAGUUGAAAAUCUUACAAUGGAUUCAGGGAAUCGAUCUUCACAAUGGAGUUCCCCAAAAAAUCAACCCAAAGCUCCAGUUUCUAAUUGGCAGCCCCAGGGUCAAACAAUGGUUCCAACAUCCAUGUCAAGCUACAGGCCCAUGACACAGCCUGUGAUGUCUCAACCUAUGAUGGGUCAAUCCAUGAUGGGUCAGCCAAUGGGCCAAUAUCCCAAUUUAGGGCAAUCUCAACAACCUAUGAACCAAAUGGUUAACAAACCUCCUUCUCAACAAACAAAUUUCGAUCCCUUUGGUUCGCUAUAAAAUAGAAAAUAAUGAAACUUUAAAAAUUCACCAAAGAAAUUGUGGAGAUUCCAUACUAUUAUGAAGAUGUCGUUGAAUUCAACAGUUGUUUCUGUGAUUUAUUCUGAAUUUUUUUUUAUUCUGCUUUAAACGUUAAGUAUAAUAUGAGGUCCUCCAUUUCAAGUCAGUGUUAUCAUCAUAAGAACCAUUUUUGUUGCUUUCAUUCUACCUAUCUGUUAUACCUAGAUGCUUAUGUUCAAAAAACCAAAUACUCUUUUAUUAAUACUCAUAUCAACUAGUGUGACUUAUGUUGUUUAUUUUCUUAAUUAGAUCCUUUUUGUAAUAUAAAACUAGUCCUUAUUAAUUUUUAAUGAGAUUUUAUUUUUUUUUUACUUAAUUUAUUACCUAUUUAUAUUGAAGUGAGGCUUUUUUAGUAUGAGUUGAAUGUUGUUAUGGAAAAAUGGCGCAAAUAUUUAUUUAAGAGCAGAAAUAUUGUAUUGUUACAUUUAAAUUUUUGUCAAAGUAUAAUCCAUCAAUUUGUUAUAAUUCAAUUGUGACCAGUGUAUAAAGGGUAUCAUCAAUGCCAUAACUUAGUUUUGUAGAUACUUUAGUUUUUCAAUUAGCAGAACUGAAUGUAAUUGAAAACAAUAUGACAAUAUAUGAAGAAAAAAGCCGUUGAAUAUUAAUAAAAAAGCUUAGAUGUC